AUGGAGACAGAAGUACCCAAACGAGGCGAGAGAGUCAAGAAACUCCUUCAGCAGCACGUGAAGAAAGACGUGGCAAUCUCAAAUCCAGUACAAGAAGCGUAUGAGAAGAAACUCAGCAAAGACAUUGACAGAACACUGAAGUUCCUACAUCAAGCCAAACAAGCCUUGGAGAAGCUUGAAGGAGAACCAGUCAAUGAACAUGAACUGUGGACAGACGAAACACGAAGGAAAGCACAUACUUUGGCCCUUUACGAGAUGUACCAGAAACUUCCGUACACUGUGAUGAAGAACGACCUGUUGGGGACUGCUACGGCUGCUUACAUUACAGGGAAGGCUGUGGUGCAACAGACGGAGGCUACCGAGGAGCUCAAGAAGGGCAAUGUUGAGCUCCAGCAGGAAUUGAACGUGUUGAAGACGACUUUGGCAGAUUAUAAGACUAUGCUGAUGCUUUUGGAGAAACGUAUAGCUGGACACCCAGGAAGAGUGAAGGCUAUGGAACAGAAGCUCCACAACGCUCAGCAUGUUGACGACGAGCUUUCAGAGAAAACAGAACAUGUUAGGGAAGCAACUGCUAGUAUUAAGAAGGUGGAGGAUAAGUUACAGCAGCAUAUGGCUAGAGUGGUUACGAAGCUUCAUGCUAUGCUUGAUUGGGAGAAUACGGGAAUGGUUGAUGAGGAUACGUUCAAAAUGAAGAUUAAGCACUCAAUGCAACUUCUUCAGCAGCUUGUGCUGCGGUUAGUACAAGACCCAGAGAAAUGGGUGCCGGUAUCUUCUGGAAGUCCCGAGGAGCAGGUUGUGCAACUUAUGCACCGUAACAACCUUAUUGAGAUUAAUAGCACUGGGGAAUUUUCAAUCCGACUCCGAAACUAUGGUGCUGAGUUUUAG